CCGCCGCGCCCCCGCCGCGCCCCCCGCCCGCCAUGGGCGCCUCGGCCCGCAGCCCGCGGCUGGCGCUCGGCCUGCUGCUGCUGGGCACGCUGCUCCGCCCCGCCGCCGCCUGCAGCUGCUCGCCCGUGCACCCGCAACAGGCGUUUUGCAAUGCAGAUGUAGUGAUCCGGGCCAAGGUGGUCAGCGGGAAGGAGGUGGACUCCGGGAAUGACAUCUAUGGCAACCCCAUCAAGAGGACCCAGUACGAGAUCAAGCAGAUCAAGAUGUUCAAAGGCCCCGACAAGGACAUCGAGUUCAUCUACACGGCCCCCUCGUCGUCGGUGUGCGGGGUGAAGCUGGACGUCGGUGGGAAGAAGGAGUACCUUAUCGCAGGGAAGGCCGAGGGGAACGGCAAGAUGCACGUCACUCUCUGUGACUUCAUUGUGCCCUGGGACACCCUGAGCACCACCCAGAAGAAGAGCCUGAACCACAGGUACCAGAUGGGCUGUGAGUGCAAGAUCACGCGCUGCCCCAUGAUCCCGUGCUACAUCGCGUCCCCGGAUGAGUGCCUCUGGAUGGACUGGGUCACGGAGAAGAACAUCAACGGGCGCCAGGCCAAGUCCUUCGCCUGCAUCAAGAGGAGUGACGGCUCGUGUGCGUGGUACCGCGGUGCGGCGCCCCCCAAGAAGGAGUUUUUCGACAUCGAGGACCCAUAGGCAGGCCAGAGCCCCCCUCUGGCCAUGGCGGCGCCUCUGAGUGUAGACAGGUCCAGCUCUGACAUCCCUUCCGGAAACAGCAUGAAUAAAACAGUCAUCCAAGUGGGUCUAAUCAGUGUGGUUCUCCCCCGGCCCGCCUCCUUCAGCCACGGCCGUGGGUCUGAGGGAGCGGCGGGCCGGUCCCCCCUCACACUCCUGCCUGCCUGGCCGCCGUCGCCGCGUCCCCUCCCCGGGGCACACAGGGCUAGGACCCGUGGGUGUCCUCGGUGUUGGCGGUCUCGGCGCUGACACACGCUGAGGGGGGUGCCCGUUGCGGUCCCCAUCUCCCAGCCUGGUCAGGAGCCUGGAAACGUGUGUGUGCAGAAACUUCCGAGGGGCGUCGCAAGACUGCGUAGCGGGUCUACCAGGUCCCUGUCAUCUCCAGAGAGACGCAUCCCUCGUCCCUGCAGCUUUCGCACCUCCAGCCCCAGGGGUUUGUCCCUGUCCACUCUCCAUUCUCCCCCCCGCCAACUCACCCCGUGCUCACAGCGAGGGGGUACAGCUGGGAGCAGCCUGGCAAGUGCCCCUCACUCCCCUCCAGUCCCGCAACUGCUCUGCCCGCGAGGUGGGCACAGGGGCCGGUGACUGGCCCUCACUCCGAGCUGGGCCUCUGGGCACUGCUCCUGUCUCCUUGGGCAUCUGGACAGCAGAUUUGGCGGCUCUGUGUUCCCCCUGCCCCGGUGACCCCCACAUGGUGGCCGCUCAGCACCGUGCUGGGAGGUGCAGCGUAAGAGGCAUCUGGGUUUGCCUCCCAGUGCCUUGCUCUUGCAGAGACCAACUCCCCAGUCACGCACUCAACCCGUGGGCAUCGCUCCUCGCAGAGAUCACCCACCUGGGAGCCUCAUGGGGAGCCUGCCCAAACUCUAAAGCAGUUUCCUGAGCAUGGGGCAGGCAGAAUUCCCCCAUCCUUUCCCACCUUGUUCAUGCCCUAGCAGUGACUUCCAGCACGCACAGCCCCGGGCACCCCGGAGCUCUGUAGGAACGCUGUCCAGUGGCCAGCUUCCCCAGAGCCCUGCAGGCCCCCAACACACCAGACUCCUGACCCCUAGUGGGCAUCAGCCCAGGCCCGCCCAGGGACCCAUCUCCAGGACUCCCCUGCCUAGGGCUGCUGGGCACCCCCACCUGUAAGAUGUCCUGAGGGACCAGCCCCCAGAUGUCAGUAUCUGCACCGCCAGAGGCGCCGUCUCUGUGCCCACCCAUCUGCUUGUGUCGGCCGUUUCUCACAAGUCGCGGCCCUGGCUCCUCUUUCUGCCCAUCUCUCUCGUCCCGGUUUGUUUCUGACCCGGUGAUCGUGCCCGUGCUGUGUUUGAUUCCUGCUGGUACGCAGUCAGCCAGAACUUUUGUAUUUUAAAAAGAUUUUGUUUGGGGGGCAGCUUGGCUUCCGGUGCCCCCUGCUUUGCAGUCACCCACCUUUGUUUUCUGGUUCAAUCUGUUACCAAGUAAAGGAUCUUUCUUGGAGUAGGUCGGUUUGCAAAGAUGGUCUUGGCAUGUAUUAAACCCCUGCACGGCAGCCUGGCCACGUGGAAGGGGGAGGGGGGUCGUGGAGACAAGACCGCUGAGCCCUGUGAUCAGGGCCACUGGGGGGCCGUGCAUUGGGCGUGGUUUAAUUUAUGUUAUAUUCUUAGCACUGCUCCUUCCCCCACCCCCAGCCUAGUCUUCAUGCAAGUAACUCCAAAUAUUUAAAAUAAAGUUUACGUGGUACAGUUA